UAGAGUUGGCAACCAUUUACAAUGGAAUUAACGAACAGACAGCUGACUUUGUUUUCAUUUACUUUUUAGUUUAGAUUUGUUUAUAAACAACAAUAACCGGGCAAACAAUUUCCGAAAAAUGAAUAUUUUACCAAAAAAGAGGUGGCAUGUGAGGACUAAGGACAAUAUAGCACGUGUAAGAAAAGAUGAGGCAGCGGCACGUGAAGAAGAGCGGAAAAAGCAGGAAAAAUUGGAAUUUGCGGAGAGUGAAGCUCGGGUGAACUUUUUACGAAAACGCUCCGGACUACCAGAAAAACAGCAACCUGAAGAAAAAGCUGACGAAGAGUCAGAAAAGGAUGAAGGAUGUAGUUCUCAGCAUGUAAAUUUAUUUGCUGAUUACAAAACCCAUGUUAAAACCACUAAUAAAGAAUUGGAAAAAGAAAAAAAGGAGGAGCAAGAGAAAUACGAAAAGCAAAUUGGCUAUUUAACCUAUUUGGGUCAGGAUACAAAUGAAGCUUUGAGGUUAAAAAGUUGGUAUGAAGUAGCACCUAAACGUUUAGCUGUAGGUUCUGAAAGAGGUGAAAUAAACGAAAAAGAUCUAAAAACAAAACAUAAUCAUGAUCCGUUGACGUUAAUAAAUGUACUGUUGCCGCCUGAUCCUAAGCCAAUAAAAAAAUCAACAACAACAAAACGCAAACGAAGUCCAAGCCCAAAGGCUACAAAUGAUGAUGCUGAUCAUAUAAGGCCGUCAAAAAAAUACAAAAAAGAACGUAAAAAACAUAAAAAAGAGAAACAUAAAAAGCGCUCAAAAGAACAUAAACACAAAAAGGAGAAAUUCAAGGAAAAAAAUACAGUGGAAGAACAAACACAGAAACGCUUAAAACUAGAACAGUUGAGGAAAGAUCGUUUACGCCGUGAAACUGCAGAAAGAGCUAGACAAGAAGCUUUACUGGCACCGAAAGAGUGUAGCAAAUUAACAGAAGCAACAAGUAGUGUUACACCUAGAGUUGUGCAAAAAUACAAUAGUCAAUUUAAUCCAGAAUUGGCAAAACAAAAUAUGAAUUAAUCAUUGAAUUAAUUGCUGCUAAAUUGUUUAUAUACAUAUGUAUGUACAUAAGAAUGUUCGAUUAUUAAUAUUUAUCAAAUUAAUUAUUCAGCCAAAUUAUGAAUAAAAAUUCCCCGGGAGUUUUUUCCCUUUUCUCAUUUUUCCUAUUCAAAUUCAAUGGGAAAAACUCCCGGGGAACAAACUGCCGCGGAAUUUUUUAUUCAUAAUUGGGCUGUUUAUAAUUCUAUUUUUCUGUAAAAAUAAAAAGUGUUUAUCUCAAUAAA